AUGUCUCUACCUCCUUCAGCCACCCAUCAUCACCUAGCACGCUGGCAAGAAAGAAGAAAAAAACCCAAGUUAACACUCAGAGAAACAAAGAGAAAAGUAUUUGUUGCUCAAACUUUACUCUCUUUGGUUCUCACAUCUCUCUCUCUCUCUCUCUCUCUCUCUCUCUCUCUCUCUCUCUAUCUAUCUCUCUCUCUCUCUCUCUCUCUAAAAGCUUCGUCGGAGAAGGCUGGCAACCAGCGGUGGCGUCGUCGUCUUCUCUGGCCACCCACCACCCUAAAACACAAACUUAUAAACACGAACCCUAGCUAA